GAACUCCACGAUGCAACUCUGCGGCAAAAUCUGUGCAAUUAAAGUUUUUUUGUGAAUAGACGCCAAAUAUUUUUUAAUUGUAUUCAGUAAAGCAAAAUUCAUUUAUUUUAUUAAAAAUAAUGGUGCGCACAGUUAAAGAAACUGGGUUUGUUGUUGAGAAGAUUGUGGACAAGCGGAUAACACCAGAAGGAAAAGUUGAAUAUUUUAUUAAAUGGCGCGGAUAUCCCAGUGGCGAAAAUACUUGGGAGCCCGAAGAGAACUGCGAUUGUCCGGCUUUGAUACAAAAAUUUGAGGAAUCGCGAGCAAAAUCAAAGAAACGUGGAGAAAAGAAACCUAAAGUUGAAGAAAUUCAAAAGCCGCGUGGUUAUGAACGUGGACUUGCUAUGGAGCAAAUUGUUGGGGCAACUGAUGAAACCGGUGACGUAUCAUACUUAAUCAAAUGGCAAUUUUGCGAUGAGCUCGAUUUGGUAGCAGGCGAGGAAGUGCGUCAAAAGAACCCCGAAUUCGUAAUUGACUUUUUUGAGAGACGAUCACCCUUCCAGCGUGUCAUAAACGAGCGCUUGCUUGGUGUGCCGGACGAACUACGCGUAAUGAAUAUGAAUGAGAUGCAAGUAACGGGCGUGAACGCUGAUCAAAUUACUACUAGCGCUUCAGUUGGUGGUGAUGAUGGAACUAGUGCUGGAGCUGGUGAUGUUAUGCAGCAAAUUGCUAAUGACGAUACUGGCAAUGUUGAUAGUGCUGCAGUGUCGUAUUCUAUUCCUGUACCAGGAGUUGGCAACAUAGCCAUUGAUGUACCGAUAUUAGAUAGUUCAGCAAUGUAAUAAAGCUUAUUCCUUUUAUAUACCCCAUUAUUUAAAAAAAAAAAUUUAGAAAUGAUAAUAAACUUAGAUUAAAAAUCAAACACUUUUUAUAUA